GGCUGGCAGUCUGUAUUCAGUGUGUUUCGGGUGAGUGCGUGGCGGUUCUUUGUUGCGAGUUUGCGGCUUUGUCUUAGCAACUACAAAAUUUAUUAUUAAUAUGAACUCCAUUGAAACUUUACUAGAAGCUGCGGAAUAUAUUGCAAGGCGUGAGAGAGAGGCAGAGGCUGAACAUGGUUAUGCCUCUACUUUACGAUUCCCCGAUGAUCUCAGAACUGUUUCAAAAAGGCCAAAGACGAAAAAAUCUCAGGGAAACAGGACGUCACAUAACGAACUGGAAAAAAAUAGGUGA